CAGUCAGAUUAAAACAAAUGUUUGACUGUUGCUGUUUACUCGAAUGUCCAAAUGAAAUAGUCGCCUAAAUUUAAUAGGUCACCUUAUAGACGGGCUAUAAACGUAUUACAAUUUUAAACAUUGAAUAAACUGUCAGGGUUAAAUCUUUACUUCUAUAAUACAUAACUUUAAAAUGCGUUUUAUUACUUUCUUUACUAUUUAUCCACGUUUAUUUAUUUUAGCAGAUCAGCCUCAGUUCUUUGUUUGCUGAUGUCUGUCAGAUAUUCUGCACUCUUCAUGUCUGUCCUCAACACACCAGCAGCUCUAGUCCUAGUGGUGUGCUGAACACGUCAGCCUGUCUUUAGUGUCUCUGAGACUGGAAGAGGCCAGGAGUACAACGGACACUGAUGGGCAUCAGCAUCAUGACUGGGCUUUCCCAUUUCACUUGGCCAUACACUGAGGUGUCUAAUGGUCUCCAGCUCAGGACUGUCCAUGUGAGAAGUGAAUCUGAGAAAAGAAGGGCAGACAGUUUGCGAGAGAGAAGAAUUUACCACACAGCAUGACCUCUGCCAAAGAAGAUGGUGUGGAUGAAAGAACAGUGGACAUUAAAGAGGAGGACUGUAAGUGGCUCACACCAGAGGGGGUGCGUGUGAAGUUAGAGGAUCACGAAAAAAGAAAUUCAGUUUUUAAAGAGGAGGAGGAGUGCACGCAGGUGACUGCUGCCGUUAAAGCUGAGGAUUUGAAUGAUUUCUCUGUUGGUCUUGAACUUCAAAGGCAUGAAACUGAGGAUAUUUUCAAGCAAGAGGCCUGUGAAGAAUCUCCAUCCAGUUUACAGCCCUGGUCCACUAAUACGGGAUGUCUGUCUAUGCAGGAGAAUUCUGUAGAGCUGAAAUCAGAGUUAUCAGAGUCUGAAGAGAAAAUCACCGAGGAAAAUGGGAGAGAAGAAGAGUCACCUGGGAGUGUUGGAAUAAAUGUACAGAAGAAUGGCAGCUUCUCUCCACCUUCAUUUGGUCAGCCCUCUCUUCAAUACAAUGAGAACUUUAUGAAGAAAUCAGCAAGAGGAUCAGAGAACCAGACAGCAGCCUAUUUGCAUUGCAGUUCUCUCCUUGCUACUGGAGCAACACAGACAGAAGCCAUCAAAACUGAUAGACAACAAGUGGAGAAAGAAAUCAAAAUUCACACUGGAAAAAAAUGUUGUUUGGAAUGUGGCAAACAAUUCACAUACAAAAGUGGUCUUAAUAGGCAUAUGAAUAUUCACACAGGAGUAAAACCUCAUUACUGUUCAGAAUGUGGUAAAUCGUUCUCAUGUAUAAGCUAUCUUCAGAAACACAAAAUAAUCCACACAGGACAAAAACCUCAUUGCUGUUCAGAAUGUGGUAAGUCGUUUUUAAGGAGAAGCAAUCUUCAGAGGCACAGAAGAAUCCACACAGGAGAAAAACCUUAUUGCUGUCCAGAAUCUGGUCAAUCGUUCUCUUGGAGAAGUGAAUUUCAGUGUCACGAAAUAAUUCACACAGGAGACAAACCUCAUUGUUGUUCAGAAUGUGGUAAGACGUUCUCUAGGAGAAGCCAUCUUCAGAGGCACAGAAGAAUCCACACAGGAGAAAAACCUUAUUGUUGUCCAGAAUGUGGUAAAUUGUUCUCAUUGAGUAGUGAAUUUCAGUUGCACAAAACAAUUCACAUAGGAGAAAAACCUCAUUGCUGUCCAGAAUGUGGUAAGUCGUUCUUAAGGAGAAGCAGUCUUCAGAGGCACAGAAGAAUCCACACAGGAGAAAAACCUUAUUGUUGUCCAGAAUGUGGUAAAUUGUUCUCAUUGAGUAGUGAAUUUCAGUUGCACAAAACAAUUCACAUUGGAGAAAAACCUCAUUGCUGUCCAGAAUGUGGGAAGUCGUUCUUAAGGAGAAGCAGUCUUCAGAGGCACAGAAGAAUACACACAGGACAAAAACCUUAUUGCUGUUCAGUAUGUGGUAAAUCGUUCUCACGUAUGAACAAUCUUCAGAGACACAGAAGAAUCCACACAGGAUAAAAACCUCAUUAUUGUCCAGAAUGUGCCACCCAAUUUUCUGACAAACGCAGUUUUCAAAGGCACAUAGAUAUUGAUACUGGAGAGAAGCCAUAUUGCUGUUCUCAAUGUGGAAAAAAGUUUUAAACAUUAGCUUAUUUCAAGUAAACACACAUACUCCCAGUAAAGCGAAAAUGCAGUAUGUAUGUUCUGAAUGUUGCAAAUGUUAUCCAAGCUAGAAAGGUCUUUAUCCACAUGCCAAAAUCCAUACUGAAGAAAAAUCUCAUUGUUGUUCUGAAUGUGAGAAAUGAUUCUUAUAUUUAAGUGUAAUUCAGUGCCACAUCAGAACUCAUACUAGAGAUAAACCUUAUUGUUGUCCUGAAUAUGAUAAGCAGUUCUCACAACAAAGCACCAUAACAAGUCACAUCAGAUGUCACAUAGGAGAGAAACCUCACCUUUGCUUGGAAGGUGGCAAACAAUUCCCACACAUUAAUUCUCUAUGUAAGCAUACAAAAGUCAUACAGGAGAGAAGCCUUACAAUUGUACUGAAUGUGGAAUGUUAUUCUCAUAUAAUAAUUCCUUCACAAUCAUAAAAUAAUUCAUUCUGGUUAGAAACAAAGCUGUACUGACUGUGGCAAGCUUUUCUCAGACCGCACAACUCCUAAAGCUCACAUGAGAAUUCACUCUGGAGAGAAACCUAAUUGCUGUCCAGAAUAUGGCAAACGAUUCUCAAGUCCAAACGCACUUAGUUGCCACAGAAGGAUCCACACUGGAGAGAAACAGUACACCUGUUCUGAAUGUGGUAAAGGGUACUCUUCCAGACACAUGCAAAGUCAUAUUGGAGUAAAGCUUGUCCCAGAAAUGACAAAUGAUCUUUUCAUUGGAUCCUCAUUCAAUAAAAAUGUAGAAAAAUCUUCUGAAUGUGGUAAUGGACUCCAGUUGAAGGUAGUUAAUAAAUACAUUAGAAUAGUGGUAUAUGAUUUGUUAUUUCUAUAACAUCUGUUCUUCAUUUAGGUAGUAAAAGAAUUAGGCUUGUACACAGAAUUAGGGACUAACUUGCAUUCUUUUAUGAGAAAAUGCUGACCUUUUGAUACUAACAGAACACCCUGUGAUAUUAUAAAUCAAUGUGACAGUUUCUGAAUUCUUACUUAAAACUAUUUGAGCAUAUUUCUUAAAACUGUGAGUGCCCUGAUAACCUCUUUAUCUGAAAGAAGCAAUGUACACAUUCCAAUUCAGGUAGUCGUAAGCUAUUAUAAUUUAUGUAUAACCUCAAAAU